CAUGGUGUCCACCACACAUAGUUUGCGUCUGCCACACCACUUCCGCCGGCUCCUCAUACAAAACGGGCAGGGCUGUGCGUGGAAUCCGGCGCACAUUCGGUACGUGGAGGGAGCUCUAUCUCGGUCUUGACGUGUGUUCCGGGAGCUGCAGCGCUUCUUCAUCUCCCCAAAGCACUCUCACGCCUGCUAACGUGAAAAUCUCGCAAAUAUUCUACCAGACCGUGAAGCUAACUGCCACGCUUUGGGGAGCUCUUGAGAUAUCAGCAGCAACUGCACCAUCAACCCAGCCGAAUCCAGCCACCGCGCAGCUUGAGACGACCCAUUCACUGUGCCGAUGGAAGCUACAGAAGAUCGACAGCCUUCCAGCGAAGAUAUGGUGCGUAUUGACUCACCUGCCAGCUGUUGAAGCUGCACAAUGCCACGAUUGUCAUUGGCGGCGUUAGAUAACCUCGUGAUUAACGGUCGCUAUGACACUCACCGCAAUUGCUGUAGCCGAUCCCGUCGCCUCCUCAGGGAGCGACGUCCAACCCGUUCAAGUCUGCGCUGCACAAGUUCGCACAAAAGAAGAAGGAGCGCGCAGCUGCUGCCAAUCUCAGCAACGCGGCGACGUCGGGCUUCUUCUCGCGGGGUAAUAGCAAGGCUGCGACACAGCAAAAGCCACAAGCGUUGCCAGGAUCGGUAAAGCAAGUGAACACGGGCCAGUUACCCCCAGUGUGGGCAACGCCCUCCCCAGCCCCACCGAGGUGUGUACGGAGUUGGGGAAAAAAGUUGUUAUUGAUGCUGGAAGUCUUAUGUUGCUGUUAUUUAUUAUACCAGGAAAAUGUCGUCACCUGUUGACUCAGUCUCACCGCGAUUGCGAAGCGUGUCGGCCGCGGAUAGCGAGAGUGAAGACGCGCUGUCCAGGGCGCUCGACGCUCGUCGGGGGCGUCACUCGUUGCACGAAGAUGAGCUAGAGCAGGAGGUGCAUGCAACGUCAGGAAACUCACAUCAUCACACUCAUAAUGGCGGAAAGGGGAACCCUAGUGCUACGGGAACUCCGUUAGUGUCUGGCUCGAAUUCACGAAACGCUUCUGGGAACUUACGCUACACGCAGUUUGAGCAGUUGUUGGAGAAGGAAGUCGUCGAUCUGGAUCAACUGCGCAAGCUCAGCUGGGGUGGCAUCCCCACGAAUUAUCGGCCAACUGUCUGGCGGCUUCUGUUGGGUUAUAUGCCGUCGAAGAAGGAUCGACGUGCUGCCAUGUUGGAGCGAAAGCGUCAGGAAUACGUAGAGCUGCUUCAGCAGUAUUAUUACAUCCCAGACACGGAUCGGGGUACACGUGAACAGACCACACUGCGACAGAUCCUCGUCGAUAUCCCACGCACCAAUGCUGAUGUAAGGCUCUUCCAAAACGAGCGCAUCCAUCAGUGUAUGGAACGUGUUCUGUACAUUUGGGCAAUCCGACACCCAGCCAGUGGCUACGUGCAGGGAAUCAACGACCUGAUGACGCCGUUCUUAGUCGUCUUCCUGUCGGCUUUCGUCGAUGACCCGCAGAGGUGUGACUUGUCGAAAGUAUCGGACGAGAAUUUGCAAAUUGUCGAGGCAGACAGCUACUGGUGCCUGACGAAGUUGCUGGACGACAUUCAAGAUCAUUAUACGUUCGCCCAGCCAGGACUACAGCGUAUGGUGCAGCGCAUGGAGGAACUCGUCCACAGAUGCGACACAGAACUGUUCGAGCAUAUCGUGGAGCGCGAGAACGUGCAGUUCGUGCAGUUUGCGUUCCGCUGGAUGAACUGUUUGUUAAUGCGCGAGUUGCCACUGGAUGGCAUCGUGCGCAUCUGGGAUACUUAUCUGUGUGAAGACUCGGGCUUUGAGAGCUUCCACGUGUACGUCUGCGCUGCCAUUCUCAUGACGUUUGGUGAGAAACUCAAGACGCUCGAGUUCCAGGACCUCGUUCUCUUUUUGCAAAGCCUCCCGACGAAGGACUGGGUUGAAAACGAGAUCGAGCCCCUCCUAUCGCGCGCGUUUAUCCUGCAAACCUACUUCGCUGACGCGCCGAGCCACCUCACCUCGCAAGCUCAAUAGGAAGGGGGCAGCCCAUGUCAAGAAUAUAAAAUGUCGACUGCUUACAAGAGCCACUUGUACAAGUUGAAGCAGUUCUGUACGUUAUAUUACGUAGUGUGCGAGAAUGACUCGAGCAGCGAAACCACCACUGUCAUGACGAGCCCGUCAUCCAGAGCUACAGCACGAGACGUUCGCUGCAGUACUUCAUGAUAGGCAUGCGACCGACUAGACCAAUACGAACUGUUUCGAAAAGAAGGGUUAAUAAAGUCUACCUAGAUAACCA